CCACCGCCUGCUCCUCCCCGUUAACCGCGCGUAAAACUCCACGUUCUCAACUUUCUGCCCACUGAGUUCUCGCGAAGUAGCGGCAGUUUGCCACAGAAGUGAGACUUUCGCAUUUUGCUUGAAGCAGGAACUAAGUUUUGGACAAUGACAGGACUCAGCGGAUAGGACACAGAGCCUCCAGUCGUGUCUCUGCUGCCUGCGCGUCAUGAUGCAGCCGCUGCGGCGCUCCGGCGUCUCUCUGUGGAUUCUGCUGCUCCUCUGCGCGCUGCCCGAGAAUUCCAGUACAGGAUGUAAUGACUGGCCGUGUGUCGACACUGGAACAGGAAACUUUACAGUUACAACAACAACGGUCAGCCUUGUAUCGAGACCAAACUGUGCUUUAUCCACUGAGAAUAAUAUCCAUGGAAACGGUUCACUGACUGGUCUGACUUCUGGAGUUGUCUAUCAAGUCUUCAUCAAUUGUUCCAACUGCUGUAAAGCGAUCACAACAAAGCCUGAAGUAAUCAGAAACCUCACAGUCAUGAACGUCACCACGUCCACUGUGUCUUUGACCUGGACUCAACCAGUGGGAAACAGCUCCCUCUACAGAGUAUACUGGACAGAUGGACGUUUAACUGGGACUUUAAAUGGGACUAAAACCUUUGUUCACAUUACUGACCUGACUGCUGGAGUCAAGUAUGAAAUAAGUGUCACUGCAGUGGCAGCUGACGGCCACACUGGCGGACAGAGCUUCACCGUUGUCCGAUACACAAAGCCAGGUAUAAUCGGGAAACCUACUGUGUCCUCAACCACGUCCUCCAUCUCUCUAACCUGGCCCGCGCCUCCUGGUCAGGUGUUCAUGUACAGGUUGGAGUGGCACAAUGGUGGAGAACUGCGGAAGACAAUGUUAACAAACAACACCUCUGCUGUGUUGUCAGAGCUGACCUCUGGCUCUAACCACACCAUCACCGUCGUCGCUGUAGCUGGAGACAAUAAGACACAAGGAGACCCUUACACUUUCACUUCAUUCACAAAGCCCAAUCCUGUGCUGAACGUUGCAGCCAGCCCUCGAUCCACCACCUCAGUCGCAGUGAAAUGGUCGUACCCUGUUGGAGCUAAGCUUUAUUACAAAUAUGUGGUUGAAACAUACAACAUCACAGGGGGUCCUGUUAAGACAACAACAGUGGACAGCAACAGCACUGAUAUACUUGACCUGGAGCCAGGAAAUAAAUAUAAUAUCAGUGUCAGAGUAAUUGCGGCGUCAGGAAGUGAAUCUACGGAGGAGCAGACAUUGAGUUACACAAAGCCAGGUAUAAUCGGGCAACCAACUGUGUCCUUAACCACGUCCUCCAUCUCUCUAACCUGGCCCGCGCCUCCUGGUCAGGUGUUCAUGUACAGGUUGGAGUGGCACAAUGGUGAAGGGCUGCCGACGACCAUGUUCACAAACAACACCUUUGCUGUGUUGUCAGAGCUGACCUCUGGUUCUAACCACACCAUCACCGUCAUCGCUGUAGCUGGAGACAAUAAGACACAAGGAGAACCUUACACUUUCACUUCAUUCACAAAGCCCAAUCCUGUGCUGAACGUUGCAGCCAGCCCUCGAUCCGCCACCUCAGUCGCAGUGAAAUGGUCGUACCCUGUUGGAGCCCAGCUUUAUUACAAAUAUGUGGUUGAAACCUACAACAUCACAGGGGGUCUUGUUAAGACAACAACAGUGGACAGCAACAGUACUGAUAUACUUGACCUGGAGCCAGGAAAUAAAUAUAAUAUCAGUGUCAGAGUAAUAGCGGCGUCAGGAAGUGAAUCUACAGAGGAGCAGACAUUGAGUUACACAAAGCCAGGUAUAAUCGGGCAACCAACUGUGUCCUCAACCACGUCUUCCAUCUCUCUAACCUGGCCCGCGCCUCCUGGUCAGGUGUUCAUGUACAGGUUGGAGUGGCACAAUGGUGGAGGGCUGCGGAAGACAAUGUUAACAAACAACACCUCUGCUGUGUUGUCAGAGCUGACCUCUGGUUCUAACCACACCAUCACCGUCGUCGCUGUAGCUGGAGACAAUAAGACACAAGGAGACCCUUACACUUUCACUUCAUUCACAAAGCCCAAUCCUGUGCUGAACGUUGCAGCCAGCCCUCGAUCCACCACCUCAGUCGCAGUGAAAUGGUCGUACCCUGUUGGAGCCAAGCUUUAUUACAAAUAUGUGGUUGAAACCUACAACAUCACAGGGGGUCUUGUUAUGACAACAACAGUGGACAGCAACAGCACUGAUAUACUUGACCUGGAGCCAGGAAAUAAAUAUAAUAUCAGUGUCAGAGUAAUAGCAGCGUCAGGAAGUGAAUCUACAGAGGAGCAGACAUUGAGUUACACAAAGCCAGGUAUAAUCGGGCAACCAACUGUGUCCUCAACCACGUCCUCCAUCUCUCUAACCUGGCCCGCGCCUCCUGGUCAGGUGUUCAUGUACAGGUUGGAGUGGCACAAUGGUGGAGGGCUGCGGAAGACAAUGUUAACAAACAACACCUCUGCUGUGUUGUCAGAGCUGACCUCUGGUUCUAACCACACCAUCACCGUCAUCGCUGUAGCUGGAGACAAUAAGACACAAGGAGACCCUUACACUUUCACUUCAUUCACAAAGCCCAAUCCUGUGCUGAACGUUGCAGCCAGCCCUCGAUCCACCACCUCAGUCGCAGUGAAAUGGUCGUACCCUGUUGGAGCCCAGCUUUAUUACAAAUAUGUGGUUGAAACCUACAACAUCACAGGGGGUCUUGUUAAGACAACAACAGUGGACAGCAACAGCACUGAUAUACUUGACCUGGAGCCAGGAAAUAAAUAUAAUAUCAGUGUCAGAGUAAUAGCGGCGUCAGGAAGUGAAUCUACAGAGGAGCAGACAUUGAGUUACACAAAGCCAGGUAUAAUCGGGCAACCAACUGUGUCCUCAACCACGUCCUCCAUCUCUCUAACCUGGGCCGCGCCUCCUGGUCAGGUGUUCAUGUACAGGUUGGAGUGGCACAAUGGUGGAGGGCUGCGGAAGACAAUGUUAACAAACAACACCUCUGCUGUGUUGUCAGAGCUGACCUCUGGUUCUAACCACACCAUCACCGUCAUCGCUGUAGCUGGAGACAAUAAGACACAAGGAGACCCUUACACUUUCACUUCAUUCACAAAGCCCAAUCCUGUGCUGAACGUUGCAGCCAGCCCUCGAUCCACCACCUCAGUCGCAGUGAAAUGGUCGUACCCUGUUGGAGCCAAGCUUUAUUACAAAUAUGUGGUUGAAACCUACAACAUCACAGGGGGUCUUGUUAAGACAACAACAGUGGACAGCAACAGCACUGAUAUACUUGACCUGGAGCCAGGAAAUAAAUAUAAUAUCAGUGUCAGAGUAAUAGCGGCGUCAGGAAGUGAAUCUACGAAGGAGCAGACAUUGAGUUACACAAAGCCAGGUAUAAUCGGGCAACCAACUGUGUCCUCAACCACGUCCUCCAUCUCUCUAACCUGGCCCGCGCCUCCUGGUCAGGUGUUCAUGUACAGGUUGGAGUGGCACAAUGGUGAAGGGCUGCGGAAGACAAUGUUAACAAACAACACCUCUGCUGUGUUGUCAGAGCUGACCUCUGGUUCUAACCACACCAUCACCGUCGUCGCUGUAGCUGGAGACAAUAAGACACAAGGAGACCCUUACACUUUCACUUCAUUCACAAAGCCCAAUCCUGUGCUGAACGUUGCAGCCAGCCCUCGAUCCACCACCUCAGUCGCAGUGAAAUGGUCGUACCCUGUUGGAGCCAAGCUUUAUUACAAAUAUGUGGUUGAAACCUACAACAUCACAGGGGGUCUUGUUAAGACAACAACAGUGGACAGCAACAGCACUGAUAUACUUGACCUGGAGCCAGGAAAUAAAUAUAAUAUCAGUGUCAGAGUAAUAGCGGCGUCAGGAAGUGAAUCUACAGAGGAGCAGACAUUGAGUUACACAAAGCCAGGUAUAAUCGGGCAACCAACUGUGUCCUCAACCACGUCCUCCAUCUCUCUAACCUGGCCCGCGCCUCCUGGUCAGGUGUUCAUGUACAGGUUGGAGUGGCACAAUGGUGAAGGGCUGCGGAAGACAAUGUUAACAAACAACACCUCUGCUGUGUUGUCAGAGCUGACCUCUGGUUCUAACCACACCAUCACCGUCAUCGCUGUAGCUGGAGACAAUAAGACACAAGGAGACCCUUACACUUUCACUUCAUUCACAAAGCCCAAUCCUGUGCUGAACGUUGCAGCCAGCCCUCGAUCCACCACCUCAGUCGCAGUGAAAUGGUCGUACCCUGUUGGAGCCAAGCUUUAUUACAAAUAUGUGGUUGAAACCUACAACAUCACAGGGGGUCUUGUUAAGACAACAACAGUGGACAGCAACAGUACUGAUAUACUUGACCUGGAGCCAGGAAAUAAAUAUAAUAUCAGUGUCAGAGUAAUAGCGGCGUCAGGAAUUGAAUCUACAGAGGAGCAGACAUUGAGUUACACAAAGCCAGGUAUAAUCGGGCAACCAACUGUGUCCUCAACCACGUCCUCCAUCUCUCUAACCUGGCCCGCGCCUCCUGGUCAGGUGUUCAUGUACAGGUUGGAGUGGCACAAUGGUGAAGGGCUGCGGAAGACAAUGUUAACAAACAACACCUCUGCUGUGUUGUCAGAGCUGACCUCUGGUUCUAACCACACCAUCACCGUCAUCGCUGUAGCUGGAGACAAUAAGACACAAGGAGACCCUUACACUUUCACUUCAUUCACAAAGCCCAAUCCUGUGCUGAACGUUGCAGCCAGCCCUCGAUCCACCACCUCAGUCGCAGUGAAAUGGUCGUACCCUGUUGGAGCCAAGCUUUAUUACAAAUAUGUGGUUGAAACCUACAACAUCACAGGGGGUCUUGUUAAGACAACAACAGUGGACAGCAACAGUACUGAUAUACUUGACCUGGAGCCAGGAAAUAAAUAUAAUAUCAGUGUCAGAGUAAUAGCGGCGUCAGGAAUUGAAUCUACAGAGGAGCAGACAUUGAGUUACACAAAGCCAGGUAUAAUCGGGCAACCAACUGUGUCCUCAACCACGUCCUCCAUCUCUCUAACCUGGCCCGCGCCUCCUGGUCAGGUGUUCAUGUACAGGUUGGAGUGGCACAAUGGUGGAGGGCUGCGGAAGACAAUGUUAACAAACAACACCUCUGCUGUGUUGUCAGAGCUGACCUCUGGUUCUAACCACACCAUCACCGUCAUCGCUGUAGCUGGAGACAAUAAGACACAAGGAGACCCUUACACUUUCACUUCAUUCACAAAGCCCAAUCCUGUGCUGAACGUUGCAGCCAGCCCUCGAUCCACCACCUCAGUCGCAGUGAAAUGGUCGUACCCUGUUGGAGCCAAGCUUUAUUACAAAUAUGUGGUUGAAACCUACAACAUCACAGGGGGUCUUGUUAAGACAACAACAGUGGACAGCAACAGCACUGAUAUACUUGACCUGGAGCCAGGAAAUAAAUAUAAUAUCAGUGUCAGAGUAAUAGCGGCGUCAGGAAGUGAAUCUACGGAGGAGCAGACAUUGAGUUACACAAAGCCAGGUAUAAUCUGGCAACCUACUGUGUCCUCAACCACGUCCUCCAUCUCUCUAACCUGGCCCGCGCCUCCUGGUCAGGUGUUCAUGUACAGGUUGGAGUGGCACAAUGGUGGAGGGCUGCGGAAGACAAUGUUAACAAACAACACCUCUGCUGUGUUGUCAGAGCUGACCUCUGGUUCUAACCACACCAUAACCGUCAUCGCUGUAGCUGGAGACAAUAAGACACAAGGAGACCCUUACACUUUCACUUCAUUCACAAAGCCCAAUCCUGUGCUGAACGUUGCAGCCAGCCCUCGAUCCACCACCUCAGUCGCAGUGAAAUGGUCGUACCCUGUUGGAGCCCAUCUUUAUUACAAAUAUGUGGUUGAAACCUACAACAUCACAGGGGGUCUUGUUAAGACAACAACAGUGGACAGCAACAGUACUGAUAUACUUGACCUGGAGCCAGGAAAUAAAUAUAAUAUCAGUGUCAGAGUAAUAGCGGCGUCAGGAAGUGAAUCUACAGAGGAGCAGACAUUGAGUUACACAAAGCCAGGUAUAAUCGGGCAACCAACUGUGUCCUCAACCACGUCCUCCAUCUCUCUAACCUGGGCCGCGCCUCCUGGUCAGGUGUUCAUGUACAGGUUGGAGUGGCACAAUGGUGGAGGGCUGCGGAAGACAAUGUUAACAAACAACACCUCUGCUGUGUUGUCAGAGCUGACCUCUGGUUCUAACCAGACCAUCACCGUCAUCGCUGUAGCUGGAGACAAUAAGACACAAGGAGACCCUUACACUUUCACUUCAUUCACAAAGCCCAAUCCUGUGCUGAACGUUGCAGCCAGCCCUCGAUCCACCACCUCAGUCGCAGUGAAAUGGUCGUACCCUGUUGGAGCCAAGCUUUAUUACAAAUAUGUGGUUGAAACCUACAACAUCACAGGGGGUCUUGUUAAGACAACAACAGUGGACAGCAACAGCACUGAUAUACUUGACCUGGAGCCAGGAAAUAAAUAUAAUAUCAGUGUCAGAGUAAUAGCGGCGUCAGGAAGUGAAUCUACGAAGGAGCAGACAUUGAGUUACACAAAGCCAGGUAUAAUCUGGCAACCUACUGUGUCCUCAACCACGUCCUCCAUCUCUCUAACCUGGCCCGCGCCUCCUGGUCAGGUGUUCAUGUACAGGUUGGAGUGGCACAAUGGUGGAGGGCUGCGGAAGACAAUGUUAACAAACAACACCUCUGCUGUGUUGUCAGAGCUGACCUCUGGUUCUAACCACACCAUAACCAUCAUCGCUGUAGCUGGAGACAAUAAGACACAAGGAGACCCUUACACUUUCACUUCAUUCACAAAGCCCAAUCCUGUGCUGAACGUUGCAGCCAGCCCUCGAUCCACCACCUCAGUCGCAGUGAAAUGGUCGUACCCUGUUGGAGCCCAGCUUUAUUACAAAUAUGUGGUUGAAACCUUCAACAUCACAGGGGGUCUUGUUAAGACAACAACAGUGGACAGCAACAGCACUGAUAUACUUGACCUGGAGCCAGGAAAUAAAUAUAAUAUCAGUAUCAGAGUAAUAGCGGCGUCAGGAAGGGAAUCUACGGAGGAGCAGACAUUGAGUUACACAAUGCCCAAAGCAGUGACUAACCUCACGGUGAGGGAUGUGACCACCACCGCGAUCCGACUCACGUGGCUCAGACAAAGUGAUUAUAAGCCUUCCUACUCCUACCUGGUGUUGGCGCUCCAGAAUGCCACAGAGGUUCAGAAGAAUCGAUCAGAGACAGAGUCUUACACCUUCUCCCACCUGAAGCCUGGAAAUCUGUACACCUUUUUUGUGUUUACAUAUGUGGAAGAGGUGAAGUCGACAGGGGAAAACACAUCAAAUUAUACAAGACCGGACUCUGUGACCAUGCUGAGACAGGAAAGAAUCACCGCAACCACAGUGACCUUGGUGUGGGAGCAGCUGGACAGCAACACUGGCCAAUCAUAUGUGGUGCUUGUGACCCAAAACACCUUCUCUUUUCCUGAAGAUCGAGUUUUCAACACCACAUUCACAAGCACCGGACUUGUAUCAGGGAUCAACACCAGCUUCACUGUCACGACUCAGACAAAAGAUGGCACUCCAGCAGCUCCUGUGACAGUUCACUACUUCACACGGCCUCAUAGCAUUACUGGGUUGGAGGUUAAAACCUUAAACACAACCAGUGGACGUCUGGUUUGGAGUGAACCUCUGCAGUACAAGAAUGAAUAUAAGUAUCGUGUUCAGACGACAGGCUGCAGCUCCCAAAACCAAACCGUUCAAGUACAAGCUGCAGAGAUCUCAGCGCUCACCCCUGGGACAAACUGCACCUUCUGUGUUUUCGUCAUUGCAGCGGAUGGCACUGAAGGAGAGGGAAACUGCACCUCACAGUACACUGCUGCGUUGCGUGUUAAGUCUGUCGUGGCUCGUUCGACUGAAGAGGACAACAUCACAGUCGAAUGGGAUCCUGUUGAAUACACAGGAAGCUUUCAUUACCAUUUUAAGUGGACAAACCGCCAUGGGCUCCAAAAUAUCACAACGCAGGAAACAACAUAUACGAUAGACGACCUGGACCCUGGCAGCCGACAUAACUUUAGUGUCACCCCAGAGAUCUCUGAUGGGAAGCCGGGCAUCACCACAAGGAAUUCCAGCUGCACAAAUGCAAGCCCAGUGAACAACUUAAAAUGUGAAGGUCCAAACGAACCCGAGGCAAAAAUCAUCCUUUCCUGGAACAAACCCAGGGGCCAGCACUCCGGCUUACGGGUCACUGCCGAUGACGUCAACUUCACAAUCUUAACAAACACCUCAUAUAAUUAUACUGUGGUCUACCCUCAUCACAAUACUAAAUACAGGCAGACUGUGGUGACUCUGAGCUGUGGACCGCCCAGCUCUCCUGUGUUUUGUGAGAGCUUCACAGGCAUUACAGUUCCUCCCAUCCCACCCAACUUAGAGGAACUGUUGGUAUUGACUGGGGUGACACACAACAAGUUCUCCCUUGAGAUCAACAGAGAACUUCUGGAUGACUCCAAAGGGCGAGUCACACAUGUUGGCGUGCUGGUGAAAAAUAACCCUGAUGGUGUUGACGCUUCAAAUUUGAAGAAGUACAUGAGGAACACUUACGAUCAAUGGAGGGCUGGGAAAACUCCAAUGUACCUGGCAACAGUCAAAGAGAGAAACCCCCAGUCACGCAGUGGAGGGAACCAUCUGAAUAUAGAAGUAGGAGAUCAAACUAAAUGGAAUGGCUACACUAAUGGUGCUCUGGAUGCCACUGGACAAUACCAAUAUGCCAUCGUGUUGUUCACCAAUGUGACUCUGACGCAGGAUGAGCUUGUGAACUUUGAGGAGUCUCUGGCCUCAGUAACAAAUCUCUUCACUGUUGUAAUACUCCCACAAAACCCAGCUGUCAUCGGCGUUGCUGUCGGAGCAACACUUGGAAUUUUUUGCAUUCUUUUCAUCAUCCUCAUUGGCUUCAUAAUCUACUGGAAAAGGUUUAGCAGAAAAGAGCCGUCAGACAUCCAGAUUCAAUCCAUGAGAGCCAAAGUGAGUCUGGCUGUGAGGAUCGAGGACUACGAGAAGUACUACAAGAAGCAGAGGGCAGACUCAAACUGUGGCUUCGCUGAAGAGUUUGAGGACCUGAAGGCCGUUGGUACCGCCCAGUCGAGGACGAGCGCUCUGACCAUAGAGAACAAGUCCAAGAACCGUUACAGCAACGUCCUUCCAUACGACUUUUCUCGGGUGAAACUCUCUAUCAUCCAUGGAAAUCCAUUCGAUGACUACAUCAAUGCUAACUACAUGCCGGGUUACAACUCCAGGAAGGAGUUUAUUGCAGCUCAGGGUCCUUUGCCCGUCACAGUCAGCGAUUUCUGGAGGAUGAUAUGGGAGAAGAAUGUACUGACCCUGGUGAUGCUGACACGCUGUAACGAACAGGGACGAGUCAAAUGUGAGCAGUACUGGGGUUUCGACACCAAGAACUGUGAAAACAUCACUGUGACAACAACCUCUGACAUACCACUGGACGACUGGACCAUCAGGGACUUUGACAUAAAAAAUGUGAAAACCGCAGAGACACGCUCUGUGCGUCAGUUCCACUUCACGGCUUGGCCGGACCAUGGGGUGCCAGAAACCACUGAGCUCCUCAUCGACUUCAGACAUCUGGUCAGAGAGCACAUGGACCAGUUCUCCAGACACUCUCCUACAGUGGUCCACUGCAGUGCUGGUGUUGGUCGUACAGGGACCUUCAUAGCCAUUGACCGUUUGAUCUUCCAGAUUGAAAGGGACAAUUGCGUGGACGUUUAUGGCAUCGUCCAUGAUCAGCGCAUGCACCGGACCCUUAUGGUGCAGACAGAGGAUCAGUAUGUGUUCCUAAACCAGUGCGCCAUGGACAUCAUCAGGUCAAGAACUGGAACCAAUGUGGAUCUAAUCUACCAAAACGUGGCUGCGCUCUCUGAAUACGAGAACAUAAAACCCCAAAAAAGAUAAAACAUUGCAUAGGCCAGAGAAGCUGCUCAGGUCUCUCUUUAUUCUCGUAGCAAUGAGCUGAGCAGACAUUUGUAAAAGGGAAGGCUUUAAAUAGAUUGUGCUGUAUUUAUUUUUUGAACCGUAUCGUUCUCGUUGAGGAACGUGUAACUUUUCUGGAUUUGAAUGUGUUUCUUCUGGUAUUUAUUUGUUCAAAAAUGUUGAAUGUCUGACAAUAGGGAAGAAUGUUCAUUGAGAUUUGAUGGUGGAUAUAGUCACAUAAUCACCACAUUAUUUCAGGACGUGUGUAAAACAUCUGUCUUGGAUUAGUUUGUAUAAGUCAUUUAUUAUUUUGUGCUUGCUUACUACUGUAUACGACUUAAUGUUGAUUGCAUUUUCAGCUCAGGUUAUUUGUUGGAUGCUUGUCAAGGCAUUUUACAUUCAUGUUUGAAAAUUCUGAAUAAGAAAAACAUGGACUGUUUUUAACUUCAUAUUUUUUGGAAGAUUGUCUGAUGCUUUUUGCACCUCUUUUACCAAUUUAAACAAUGUCUUUGAAUAAAGUUGUGUUGUUGUGUUGUUGUAGAAUACGUUGUAUUUGUAUGUCUUGUAGUAAAUGCACUGGAUGCAUUAGAUUUUCUAUACUUUCCACAUUUUUACGUUUGUACGAUCUUUGAUUAUAUUUAUGCCUGUGCUUUGAGAAACUUUUUAGAACAUUUUGCUGUUCUUCCUGUAUCUGACUGUUUCAGAUAGAUUUUUAAGAUUAUGGGUGACAUCAUUAAACAAAACCUCAGGAACUCAAACAAUGGAAAAUGACAUUUAUUGGUUAAUGUGCUGUUAAGAAAAUCCCUACUGCAACAGUGUGUGCUUUGCAUUGUUUUGUCCGUCUUUUCUACAUUGUUAAUUCCUAAUAGAAACAACAGGGUUACAUCACUUCCUGCUGCAUAUCUGCUCUCUCAGGGGAAACUUCCUGUGAUGUUGAAACCACCAAAGAGCAUAAGCUUUAUUUUUGUCCUUCUUAAGGGCAGAAUUUUCCACAAGGCGCGUUAUAUAUUUCUUCUUCUAAAGAUGAAUGAUGUGUGCAGUUACCCAGCAGAUUAUUUAACAACCACCUUAUAGAAAUUGUUCUUAAAAUGAUUGAGCACACAUUUUGAAUAAAAAACAAAAAGUAGCAAAUAGUUAUUAGGAUGUUUUUGAGAUGCUUUAUGAAAUGCUUGCUGGUACAAUGCAAAAUUUAAAAUGUAUAAGUAAGGUUUAUCUAUGUGUAUACUGUUUUCAAUUUGUGGAAUAAAAUUGU